AUGGACAAGAGAAACCAUGUCUGCUGCUGUUUCCAGGCUUUCCAGCUCCAGAGACCCAGUAAGAAGCAAGGUCUGAAAACAGGAAGCAGAACCAGGGCUGCAGCCAGACCCAGGAGGCCUUUCUGUUCUGCGGAGUUGGCUUUAGGCCAGCUGGGUCUCAGAGCCCUCAUGGGACAGUGGGUGGAGGGAAAGCUGACCACAGUGCCUGCGGCUCUGCACCUGGUCCACAAUCAUCUGCAUGGGAGCGGGUCUCCUGGGGCCUUGCAUGGACCCUUCACUGGUCACAAGCACAGCCUUGGCCCCAGAGGUGAGUACCGGGGAUGCAUGCUGAAUAAAGACAUGGCUUCCUGCCUUCGUGGAGGUCCUCGUAUGCCAGAAAGAGUGGAUGGGGCAGCAGUCACAGGCACAGAGUCCCAAAUUCAACAUGGCAGCUGCAAGGAUGGUGAGGUCAAGGAAAAGGUGCGGAGGCCUCUGUCGGACGCGGGCCGAGAAGGCUGUAGCUCCGCCCUGCGGGAUGGGAACGCACCCCAUCCCGUCCGAAACCGCAGGGAGCCCCGGGCGCCCCUGGAACCGGCGCCAGAGACCCGCCCUGGCUGGAGGGUGCCAGAUGCAAUGGACGGUGAGUCCCGCUGCCCGCGGUCAGUUGUGGCUGAGCAGACGUGGGGUUCUUGCCUUCUCACCACCCCAACCGUCCAGGCCCGGGAAGCCCCGCGCCCGCACGUGACCCUAAGGCGGCGCCUUCUUGCCCAGCCCAGGCGCCUGGCCAGUGGGAACGUCUGGGCACCUUCCACGGGCGACCGGGAAGCUGUUGGAGCUGUGGGGGCCAAAAGCAACGGGUCGGCGCAUUUCUGUCUCCUCUCGAAUCCGCUACUCCCCUCCUCAUCCCCAACAGCCGCCUCCCAUGGACGCCACCCCCACCCUCCCAAAGUAUGGACUUGCCAUGAGGGUUGGGAACUGGAGCCGGUGUUCGAGAGGGUUACAGAACCCAGACAUGGGUCCAGCCUCACAGCAGUUUCCAGGAUCUCAAAGGAUAGAGCUCUGAAUGCAAACCAGGGGAGCCAGUUCCUUCCUGGGCUUUCCUUAAGUAUUGGGACUCACACCCAGCUUCCCCUUGAGCCUCCGCAGGACCCAGGGAGGAUGGCGGCUCUGGUGAGGGGAGAGCAGCUGGCCCUGGUGAUUGGGGGCAUCUUUGGGGGGCUGUUGCUGUUGAUCGGGGUGUGCUGCUGUCUGUGGAGAAGGCUUUGUGCCACCUUCACCUACGAGGAGCUGCGGGACACACCAGCCACGGCUACCACAGCUGUCUCCAGUGGACAGGCGGACAGACUCUGCCAGCUGUGUGCCAAGACCCCGCUGAGCAGGUCACCAGGUGUGCCAUUUGUGGUGCCUCCUUCCCUCCAAAGCCGGGACUGGAUGCCCCUGUACAGCGGAAAGUGGGUCCAGGUCCCACAGGACCCCUGCCCCUCCCCAGAGCUCUUGCCUGACACCUCCAGUGGCAACCUUGGAAAUGUGAGUGCAGUGGGAACCAUCAACCCAGAGCUGUACAAGUUCCCAGAGGACAAGAGUGAGACCAACUUCCCUAUGGGUUGCCUGGGACGUCUGUGGUUCUCGGUAGAAUACCAGCAGGAGACUGAGCGGCUCCUGGUGGGCUUGAUCAAGGCACGGCAGCUGCAAGCCCCCUCGGAGACCUGCAGCCCUCUGGUGAAACUUCACCUGCUGCCGGAUGAGCGGCGCUUCCUCCAGUCCAAGACCAAACGCAAAACCGCCAACCCACAGUUUGACGAGCACUUCGUCUUCCAGGUGUCCAGCAAGAGUGUCACCCAGAGGGUGCUGAAGUUCUCAGUGUACCAUGUUGACAGGCAGAGGAAGCACCAGCUCCUGGGCCAGGUGCUAUUCCCCUUGAAGAAUGAGACCCUGGCAGGUGACUGUCAACGCAUCAUCUGGAGAGACCUGGAAGCCGAGAGUGUGGAGCCUCCCUCGGAGUUUGGUGACCUCCAGUUCUGCCUCAGCUACAACGACUACUUGAGCCGCCUGACUGUGGUGGUGCUGCGUGCCAAGGGCCUCCGGCUCCAGAAUGACAGGGGUGUUGUCAGUGUGUUUGUCAAAAUGUCUCUGAUGAACCACAACAAGUUUGUCAAAUGCAAGAAGACUUCGGCUGUGCUGGGCUCCGUCAACCCUGUGUACAAUGAGACUUUCAGCUUCAAGGCCGAUGCCGCGGAGCUGGACACCGCCAGCCUCAGCCUGACAGUGAUGCAGAGCACCGAAGGGGACAAGAGCCACCAGCUGGGCCGGGUGGUGGUGGGCCCCUUCAUGUACAGCCGCGGCAGAGAGCUGGAGCACUGGGAUGAGAUGCUCAGCAAACCCAAGGAGUUGGUGAAGCGCUGGCAUGCACUCUGCCGCCCCACUGAGCCCUGA